GUUGUUAUUUAACAAUGUCCGCGUGAUCGCGUGAUCAUCAGCGAUUAAAUGGACAAAAAGAACAAGGAUGAUUGCACCUCUACGUUAUGCGAUGUGACGCAACGCGGACGCUGGAGCAGUGUGAAUCGGAAAGUGUGCGACGGAAAAAUCUGUGUUCGCUCGACUCGUCGCAAGAAUCCGAAAGAACGGAUGGGGAUGGAAGAGGGGAAGAGUGAAAGACCGAGAGAAAGAGACAAAGAGAAAGAGAAGGGCAGGAGGGGAGAGAGGGAGAGAGAGAGUUCCCUACCCGGAAAUGCGUUCAACAGUAAAACGCUAAUUCGAUCAGGAGGUAUAACUGGCGAUGGAGAACAACUAGUUCCCCUGGAAGAAGAAGAAGAAAAAAAUAACAACAACAACAAAAACAAGAACGAGGAGGAGAAUAAGGGGAGAGGAGAAAGAGAAGGAGAAGAAGCAAAAGAAGAAGAAGAGGAAGAAGAAGAAGACGACAACGACGACGACGACGACGACGACGACGGCGACGACGACGAAUGGAGAGGAAAGAAAGAGAGAAAGAAAAAACAAUACGAUCCUCUAACGAGAAAGAAAACGGGGAGCUGGACGAGCGAAGGAAGGAAGGCUCAAAGGCGCACACGUACGAUGCUCCGUUACGCGCAUGCGUCAGAAGCGGUUUCCAGCAACGAAGAGUAGCGUUCAGGCCCGCGCGUUGCUGAAGCAACCAAA